AUGGACAGCCCGAGUCAUUCACCUCGUGUAUCGACAACAUCGGUACCACUUGUUUUAGCAGUGGAUGGGCACAGUUGGUCUUAUUGGGCAUUUGUUUGGCUUGGUCUUGGUUCUUUAUUACCAUUUAAUUUUUUUAUAACAGCUGAUCCAUAUUUUCGUUAUAAACUGCAUGAUUCAAAAACGCCAAAUUCAUCAGCAUCACGUCUUGAAUUGUCAUAUGAAAAUGCUGUUACACUUAGCGUAUCUGUACCUAAUUUAAUUGCAACAAUUUUAGUUACAUUUGUUUGUGUACCAUAUAUACAUAAAUAUCGUAUAUACUCAUCAUUAAGUGGCAUCGCCAUAUGCUUAUUGAUAUGUUUUGCAUUUAUUUUUGUCAAUGUCAAUCAAUGGCGUGAAAUAUUCUUUAUCGUAACGAUGGGACUCGUUAUGAUUCAAGGUGUUCUAUGUGCUAUUUUACUCAAUUGUUUCUUUUCAUUAGCAUCGACAUUACCUAGCCGAUAUAUUCAAGGAUUUGUUGCUGGUCAAGCACUUGGCGGUGUAUUUGUAGUAUUAUGUUCGAUAGCAUCCAUAUUAUUUUCAAAUGAUAUAUCUGUUUCUGCUGCUAUAUAUUUUCUUCUUGCUCUAUUUGUCAUUGCAUCGAAUUUAUUAACAUAUAUCUAUGUUGAAAAAUCUCACUUAUUACAAAUAUAUUCAUCGUCAAUACAAGAAGUAAACAAUGAACAUGAACCGUUACUUCGUUCAUCAAUAUUAGAUGAUAAUGCAAUUGAUUCACUCAACAUAACAGCAUUAGCAUUACGCCAACGUUUAUUUGUUGCUUAUAAACAUACGAAAUGGAAUUUUUUCGGAAUAUUUUUAACAUUUGUUUGCACACUAUCACUUUUUCCAGCGUACAUGUCAAAAAUUCAACCUGCGUAUCCUUCAAUUGAUUAUCCACAUACACUGUGGACAGACCGUUUAUAUACGCAAGUAAUGACAUUUCUAUUAUUUAAUGUCGGCGAUACACUUGGCCGUAUGAUAUCAGCAAAAAUUCAAAUCCCAUCAAUAUUACGAUCGCGUCUUCUUUUCUUUAUAUGUCUACUAAGAUUUAUAUUUAUACCUUUAUUUGGUCUAUGUCAUUUUCCGAAUACGAAUGGUUUUCCAUAUGUGUUUAAAAAUGAUUUUAUUUAUGCAUCGAUUGUCUUAUUAUUUUCUUUGUCACAUGGUUAUUGUAACUCACUUAAUAUGAUGUAUGCACCACGACGUGUUCAUGCUCAAUUGAGUAGUACAGUUGGAGCACUUAUGCUCAUGGCACUUACAUUUGGUAUAUUUGUUGGUUCGUUAUUAUCGUAUGGCGUUGUGGCAUUAUAUGGCGAUGCUCAAGAACCUGAUAAUAUACAGUUCCAAUGA